AUGAUUACAGUGUUCGAUCAAAUUCGCUCCAUUAAUCUCGAGUAUAGGACUGAAAUGAUGGAUGGUUUGGACAAAUUAACUCCGUCCGCUUCACUUACGCUUACUGUGGGAGCACCUCCAGCAACAGGCCUUCCACCAGCAACACAUCCGUCACAACCAAAUGUCCUCAAGAUUCCUCCAAUCAAACCCCCCACUUUCUCGGAGUCUUAUACAUCGUUGCGUUCCUAUCACGACAUUUUUACGUCACUUGUACAUAACGAUCCUGACUUAAACGAGAUCCAAAAAAUGAAUUUUUUGAAAGGAAGUUUGACAGGCGAUGCCGAAUGUCUUCUGCAUCAUUUAGAUCUUAGUUCUGGGAAUUAUGCAAGGGCAUGGGAUUUAUUGAAAGAAAGGUAUGAUCAUAAAAGAGUUUUGGUCAAUUCCUAUCUCAAGGUCUUUUUUGGCCAACCUAUACAAAGUGAGAAAUCUGCCGAAACCCUUAAAAGCUUACUUGACACCACAAUCGAAGUUGUUCAUUCUCUGGAAAAUUUAGGAUUACCAGUGAAGGACUGGGACACAAUAUAA